AUGAUGAAGCAAGUGAUUUCUGUCUGUCUUCUUGGCUUUCUUUGCACUGCAUUCUGCCUGGCGAACAAUGUCGAAGAACCGGAGUUAUUCGACGCGAUUGUCGACAACGAGGUGAAGAAGGUGGGCGAGGAAGCUGUGUUAAUUGGAAAUAUUCUUCGGGAAUGCGCGAAAGGCUUGGAAGUGCAUGUAGCAGAAAAUGAGCACCUGGCGAAUGAGACGGUGGAGUAUUUUUUCAAGAAACUGUGGCGCGGGGCGAAGAAUGUAGUAAAGAAAGCGGGCAAGGUUGUGGAGAAAGUAGGCAAAGGCAUCAUUCAGACGAAGGUAGCAGAUAUCAUCAAGGGUCUCAUCCAGAAGAAGAUGGGCGGAUACGCACUCGCUGAAGACGAGUCGUACGGCGGCCUCGUUCUGACUCUCGCCAAGGACAUGGACGAUUUGGGCAAGGCUCUUAUUGAGAAGGGCGUAAAGCUGUGCGGAGAGUGCAGAAGAAAAAAGUUGGAAGAUGCUGAAAGGACCUUCGUUAAUGAGUUCGUUUCCGCUUUUUAGGCGAAUAUGUAUCCAUUUUGUAUUGACGUUGUUUGUACCGCUUAUGAUGUACUUACAACUUAUUUUCACGAUAAAGUGUGCCUCACAUCUGA